AUGGCAACCAAAAGGCAGAGGAAAAACUUGCUAGACUCAGUCAAUGUGAAUGGGGUGAUUCAGGAUGAGCCUGGGAUGAUUAAACGGGCAGUGGUAAGGCAUUUCAAGCUCCUUUUCAAUGAGGAAUGGAAGAAUAGACCAAAGCUGUCAGGUUUUUUUGCCUCAAUCAAUUCAACUGACUCAGCUGAGCUAUUAGAGGCAGAAUUUUUGGAAGAUGAAAUCUGGGAAGCAAUAAAAGGUUGUGAUGGGAAUAAAGCGCCGGGGCCAGAUGGCUUUAAUCUACAAUGUAUUCAAAAGUGUUGGAACAUCAUGAAAGGUGAGUUUGUGCAAUUGAUGAAGGAGUUUCAUGCUAACGGGAAGCUAGCCAAAGGAAUAAAUAGCUCAUUCAUUACUUUGAUUCCUAAGAAGGAAAACCCUGUGGGGUUGGGAGAUUAUAGGCCCAUAAGUUUGAUUAGCUCUAUAUACAAAAUUGUCGCUAAAAUCUUGUCAAAAAGGCUUAGGAGAGUGAUGCCCAAGAUUAUUAGUGAAGUGCAAACUGCUUUUUUGAGAGGUAGACAUAUUAUAGAUGGGGUUCUGAUUGCUAAUGAAGUGGUGGAUUUGUGGAAAAGGUCGAAGAAGAAAGGGCUCAUCUUAAAGUUGGAUUUUGAAAAAGCAUAUGACUCCGUAAAUUGGGAGUUCUUGUACUCGAUGAUGAAAAAUUUCGGGUUUGGAGAGAAAUGGGUGGGGUGGAUAAAGACCUGCAUAUCCACAGCUCGAAUUUCAGUGCUAGUUAAUGGGUCACCUACUUCUGAGUUUUCCCCCAUGAAAGGCCUCAGGCAAGGAGAUCCGCUUUCUCCGUUCCUUUUCAAUAUUGUAGCGGAGGGUUUGAACAUUCUCUUAGAAAGAGCUAAGGAAGUGGGAUUGAUAAGAGGAGUAUCUGCAGGUCCAACUGAGUUGAAAAUUACGCAUUUGCAGUUUGCCGAUGACACCAUCAUUUUUUGUGAAGCUGAGUGGGAGGAAGUUGUAGCCGUGAAAAGAAUUCUAAGGUGCUUUGAGGUGAUGUCUGGGCUCAAAAUAAAUUUCCACAAAAGCAAGGUGUGUGGGGUAGGCGUUCAGGAUGAUAUUGUACAGGUCUUCGCAAAGAAACUAAAUUGCCUAAGUCAAAAGUUGCCAAUGAGUUAUCUGGGGUUGCCAUUAGGAACAAAUCCAAGGAGAAAGGCUGCUUGGAAACCUGUAAUAGACAAGUUUAAGAGCAAGUUAGCUUCUUGGAAGAGGAGGUAUCUAUCGUUCGCUGGGAGAUUAACGUUGAUCAAGUCCGUUUUGUCAAGCUUGCCAGUGUACUUCUUAUCCAUCUUCAAGCUGCCGGUGGGCAUUGCAAAAGUACUCCACAAAAUUCAAGCUAACUUUCUUUGGGGAGGGUCGGAAACUAGGAGGAAACUGCACCUAAUUAGCUGGAAAGAGAUAUGUGUAAACAAAAACAAGGGUGGGCUAGGGGUAAGAAACCUAGGCCAGGUUAAUGAGUGUCUGCUAGUUAAAUGGUGGUGGAGGUAUGGAAAUGAGGAGGCAGCCUUGUGGAAAAAAGUGAUUUGUAGUAAGUAUGGCGGUGUAGGUGGCAGGUGGUGCCCCUUAUUCAUUAGUUCAGUGGGACUGUCGUAUACGUGGAGAGGCAUAACAUCAGUGGCUGAAGGGAACAUUGCUCUGCGGGAAUUUUUUUGGCAAAAUUUUAGGCUAGUUGUUGGAAACGGCAGAAGGAUACAUUUUUGGUUUGAUAAGUGGUGCCACAAUCAAAAUCUGAGUGUGUCUUUUCCCAGAUUAUUCGCAUUAUCAGUUGAAAAAGAUGGAAAGCUGGUCGAUUUUGUACAUAGAAGAGUGUCAGAUUCAGAUUGGAACCUGGUCUUCAGACGUCCCCUCCUAGCAUGGGAAGAGGAGGAAGUGCAGAAACUAAAUGAUUUCCUGCAAAAUGCGCCUAGGAUCAAUGAAGAGAUGGUAGAUUCUUGUUCCUGGGUAGCUCACCCGUCUGAAGAGUUCACCGUGGCAUCAGUGUGGAAGUGGAUGGAAGCAAGUCAAGGGGUAGAUAUUGCAGUAACUAGGUGUAUUUGGAUCAAUUUAGCCCCUCCUAAAGCUCAAUUCUUGAGUUGGUUAGCGUGGAGAGGAAGGGUAAAGUGUUAUGAAUUGUUGCAAAAAGUUGGAGUGUUGAGCCCAAACGCUUCUUCUCUCUGUGUGUUUUGUAAAUCUGAGGUGGAGACUGUUAAUCAUGUGUUUAUUCACUGCCAUUUCACUUGGAAAUUGUGGGCCAACUUGGUGAACUGGUGGAAUUACAAAUGGGUUAGCCCUGGAUCAGUGGAGGGUUUAUUGCUGUCAUGGCCAGAGAUAAAAAUGAAGAAGAAGAUGCUAACAGUUUGGAAAACACUGCCGGUAGCAGUAAUGUGGUCAGUGUGGAGAAGCAGAAACGACUGUGUAUUUAACAAGUUGCAUUUUGAUAUGGAUAUGGAACCUGAGAAUGAUUGUGCUUGGAAGCCAAAACAUGGAAUGACAUUUGAUUCUGAACAAAGUGUGUAUGAUUUUCAUAAUACAUAUGGAGGAAGAAUCGAGUUUAGCAUAAGAAGGGAUUUUUGUAGGAAGAACAAGUUCACUAACCAACUUAUUUGUAGAUUUUUGGUUUGCAACAAGGAGGGAUUUCGGAAGGUUGACAAACGAGACCCAUUGGCAAAAAAUACUAGAGCUGAAACUAGGACUGGUUGUGAGGCUCGACUUUAUGUUAAAUUAGAUGAGGGUACUGGGAGAUUUGUUGUGACUGAUUUCAAAGAAAAACAUAACCAUGAUCUUGUAUCACCCGAGUGUGCCCACAUGUUGCCGUCACAAAGAAAGAUAUCGACUACCCAAGCAAUUGAGUUAGAUUUGGCGGCACAAUCUGAUCUUCGUUUAGGCCAGUCUAUUGAACUCAUGGGUAAGGAAGCCGGUGGGAGGCAAUGUCUUGGGUUUACAAAAUUAGAUCAAAAAAAUUAUUUGAGAACCAAAAGACAACAAAGUUUAGCAUAUGGGGAAGUAGGUAAUGUGUUGCAAUACUUUAAAGAAAAAUCUUUGUAG